AUGGCGAGCACCCCCGACACGACAAUCACGACGCUUGCGGCAACAGCCCGCACAGCCCACUGCCACAAUCACUACUUCCGCCAACAGCAGCUAAAGUUCUUGCACGAUACGCUGCGGAAGAGCACCGUUUCCAUAUGCGACGCCAUUAAGCGCGAUACAGGCGUAACAGAUGCCGAGGCAGCAGUCGAAGUGGCGAUAGCAUUGGAACUCGUCAAAGAGCACUAUGCGUCAAUAGAUCCAAAGAAAGAGCUUGAAGAUGAAUACCGGAUUGCGAAGGGGAGGGAUGCAGCGGAUAAAGUAUCCCCAUGGGGUGUGGUGUACGUUGAGCCGGAACUUGGGCACACUCCUCUGUUCAGCGUUGUGAGUCCGAUUACUGCAGCGUUGGCGGCAGGAAAUUGCGUUGCGCUCAAGCUUGAAAACGAUCUCCGAGCCCUUCCUCCUCUCCUCCGAAAGCUGCUCCCGCAAGCGCUGGAAUCAGACACCUUCCAGAUCAUCAGUGCAGCUCCUUCAGGAGACGUACUGGCGAAUUGCCUCUCAGUCCUCCAGGGCACCACAGUCAAACAGCCUCUGAACUCCCAGCUCGUCUCGUCGGAAGCGAGAGUAGUAGCGGUUGUAGACCGCACUGCUGAUCUCGCCUUAGCUGCUGAAAACCUCGUUACCGCGCGCUUCGCUUUUGGUGGUACGUCGCCCUAUGCCCCGGAUAUAGUCCUCGUGAACGAGUUCGCGAAGCGAGACUUCCUCGAGCAGGUGCUCAGACACGCCAAUCGCGUCUUGCCGAUCUCGUCAUCUUCUGUUCCAGACGACCAAGCAUCAGUGCGCACAAAGACCUCGAGCGUUGCAGACGCCCUUCAUUCUUUCCAAGGCAAUAAGGACUGGCGUCUCAACAUCGUAAAGAAAGGGGACACGGACGGCAUCGUAGAGCUCUUUUCCACGAGCACGACUCUAGUCCCGCUUCCGCCCAAAGUCUCGGCUCCAAUCCUAUGCAUAUCCUCUGUCAGCUCCCUUGAUCAUGCCAUCGAUCUCCUCGCGAACGACACGGACGAGCCGUUGUUAGCCGCGUAUCAUUACGCUGCCCCAGGACACGCGAAGUACCUCGCCCAGUUCAUCAAAGCUGAGGCUACGUUCGUAAACAACAUACCGCAAGCUCUUCUACUCGGCCCUGCCGCUCCGCUGUUUUGGCAUGUCAAUGUAGAAAAGCGGUAUACGAAAGAACAGUUCGUGCGGCCAGCACCAGGCUACAUCGCUCGCUCAAAAUCUCGGGUUACGCUUUCGACGCAGGAAGCAAAUGGGUUGCUGCAGCAAGCGGUCAAGGAGAUCCGGGAAAAGAAGAGCCCGGAGUGGAUAGCGCUUGGAUUCUUCGAGCAGGGCAUACUGCUCGGAUUGGGCGUCUUUGGCGUCCCCCUGUUGGCUUGCUUGGGGGCAUCGAUAUUUUUCGGGGCUAAGGCUGGGUUGCGGAAGAUUUCCAUGUCGCAGUCGAUGUAG